CAAUGACACAGACAAUCAAACCUACAUAGUAGCUUUCCAAAUAAAAGCGAAUUGUGGCCCCAUCUGAUGUGGCAUCACCACUGUCAGUGUGGGGUCGAGACAUUGACGUCAUUCAUCACCAAAGAUCGAAAAAACAAAAAUAUCCUCUCAAUUAUUCUUCCUCAUUGAGCCACUGCAACUUUUACACACACACACACACUGGAAAAUAGUAGUAUUCGUCAGCAAGAAAAAUGGCGAUCGCGAACGCCUUCUCCAUCUCCUCCGUCUCCGCCCUUCCGCCGAAAGAUUCCGAGUCUUCCGCUUCCUUGCCGAGAUUCUCUCCUCCGACGUCAAAUUCCAAUUUUUACUAUUCAGUCACACCUCGAAUUAAUCUGUCCAAAAAAAGGAAUGUGGCAUUGAUGUGUGCCUCUAUUGAUGGAGUUGACUCAUUGGGUUCGAUGUCGCUGAAAUCUCUUCAGGAGAAUGAUUCUGUUCCAAUGCCCAUUGUUCUGAUAGAUCAAGAUUCUGAUCCCGAGGCAACUAUUGUGCAAGUCAGUUUUGGAGAUCGCCUCGGUGCCCUCCUUGAUACGAUGAAGGCACUGAAAGACUUGGGCUUGGAUGUUAUGAAGGGAACUGUUACUACAGAGAACUCAGUCAAACAAACAAAAUUUUUUAUCACAAGGGCGUCGGGGCGUAAAGUUGAAGACCCUGAUCUCUUGGAAGGAAUUCGUCUGACAAUUCUCAACAACUUACUAAAGUAUCAUCCAGAGUCCAGCGAGCGGCUUGCUCUGGGUGAAGUUUUUGGAAUAAAAUCACCAGAAGAAAAGGUCGCUGUCAAUAUUGCAACUCACAUCCAGGUUAAGGCUGAUGGACCUCAGAGAAGUUUGCUCUGCGUAGAGACAGCAGAUCGUCCGGGGCUUCUGUUAGAGAUGAUGAAAAUCAUGAAUGAUAUCAAUGUAAAUGUUGAAUCAGCAGAGAUAGAAACAGAGGGGCUUGUGGCCAAGGACACGUUCCACGUCAGUUACGGAGGGGCUGCAUUGAACAGUUCUUUGUCUCAGGUUCUUGUGAACUGCUUGCGUUACUACCUGCGGACGCCAGAGACGGAAGAAGAUAGCUACUAGAGGAACUGCUUUCCGACUGUACAUUAUCUCCAGCUGCAACUUUAUAUGCAAGAAAAUUGUCAUCAAGAAUGCAUAUAAACCAUCUUUCUCCAAAGAUUAUUCUAUUUGAACUGCUACUAUAAUACUCGUGGGAGGAAGAGAGUUGAAACAAUAUCUGUAACUUUAUAUUAUUAUCAACCUUAUGCGUACCUGUAAUGCAGGCAACAAGUCGAAUCCGUCGAUAUGAAUUUACACUUCUUCUGCCA